AUGCCAGGGGAUGGCACCCCCAGUUUGCAUCUGAAGGCGCUGUGCAUACCCCACCUCGGUCUUUCAACUCCUGCGGCCCCGCUCGACCCCAGCAUCCUGCGAGUCUGGGCCAGCCUGCAGAACCUCACCGACCCUGACUUUGGCCUUCCUCGUGCGGUCGAUAUUCUCAUCGGCGCUGAGGUCUACAGCCGUCUGCUGCGCCCUGGGUACCAUCAGCGUGGAGAGAUCGUCGGUCAGCAUACAGCACUCGGCUGGACUCUAGUCGGGUGUGCUCCUGGGCGCCCCUUGGACAGCGCCGUCGCAUGUCCGACAUUGCACGAUGAGCUGGCUCCACCCUGGCAUCGCGAGCUCGUCAUGCUACUCCAGCGCUUUUGGGAACUAGAAGAGGUGCUCUCCGUCUGCCGCUGCGCGCCCGAUGACAUCGACUGCGAGCGGAUUUUCGCCAACUACUGGCGCGACGCGGACGGCCGUUAUAUCGUGCGUUUGCCUAUGAAGCCCAAUGCUGCACCGCUCCUCGGCGAUAGCCUGGCUAGCGCCCUGGCCUCACUGCGAUCUCUACACCGUCGCCUCCAGCGGGACUCAAAGAUGGCGACCGAGUAUAACCGCUUCAUGAGCGAGUACCUCGCCCUCGAUCAUAUGAAGCGGCUCUCCAGCCGAGAGCUCUCCGAACCGAGCAGCACGGUCUGCUACGUCCCGCAUCACGGCAUCUGGCAACACGGGGACCUUGGAUCAAAGUUGCGCGUCGUGUUUAACGCCUCGCACCCAACCUCGAGCGGCUACAGCCUAAACGACAUCCUGCACUCCGGGCCGAGACUCCAGGCCGCACUACCAACAGUCCUGCUGGGAUGGCGAAGAUAUUGCGUCGCCUUCUGCAGCGAUGUCCAGAUGAUGUUCCGCCAAAUCUGGGUCGACCCACGAGACGCAGACCUUCAGUGCAUCGUCUGGAGCCCCGAUCCGAGUCAGCCGCCUGUACACUAUCAACUGCGCACCGUCACUUAUGGCACGACUUGCUCGCCCUACUUGUCACUGCGUGUGAUUCAACAACUCUGUCAUUACAUAGGACACUUGUGGCCGGACGCCGUACAUGUCGUCAUGAACGAUCGGUACGUGGAUGACAUCCUCUCGGGUGCCGAUGACUUCGAAACGGCCCGCCAGCUUCGAGAUCAAGUAAUCGGCCUGCUGCGCUCAGGCGGAUUUCCACUCCGGAAAUGGGUCGCCAAUGACGCCGAACUUCUGGCUGACCUCACCCAGGAAGCUCGCGCCCGGUUAGAUUGGGAUGAGGUAGUACCUGCAUCAAUGGCUCGUCGAUGGUCAGCUUUCACCACUGAGCUGAAAUCAAUCCAAGGCUUCUCCAUUCCACGUUGGAUUGGAUCUUCGGCUCCGUCAAAGAUUCACCUCCACGCCUUUUCAGAUGCCAGCUGCCGCGCGAUGGGCGCGGUGGUGUACUCCCAGCUGCAGGACUCCUCAGGGCAAGUCCGCUGCCACAUUCUGCUGGCCAAGACGAAACUUGCGCCCAUCCGAAGCCUCAAGCCGUCAGCCACACCCCAGGCCCGCAUGACGAUCCGUCGCCUUGAGCUGCGUGCCGCGCUGCUUGCUGCGAAACUGCUGCGCUUGGUCGUCAACGACUGGAACAUCCCUGUUGAGCACUGCUGCGCUUGGUGUGACUCCGAAGUCGUUCUACGCUGGCUCCACUCCGCCGAGCCGACCAACCGUGCUCUCGUCGACAACUACGUCGCCCACAUCCAGGAGGUACUGCCACUGCACAUCUGGCGCUACGUGCCUACUCAUGACAAUCCUGCCGAUGUGGCGUCUCGAGGCACCGAUGCCCAGACUCUACACCGAGCCCUCCAAGCCGCCACAGCCCUCACCUCCUCGCCUCUGCACAUCACGCAAAAGGUCGAGUUCGACCUUCUCCGACUGUUCUCCGAUCUGGGCGUCCUCCUGCGCACCCUCACCCACCUGCGUCGGUGGGCGAGACUACAUCUCGGCCGAGCCCCUCCACGACCGAUGCUCUCAGCACCGACGGCUACCGAGUUGACCGAUGCCUACCUCGCUUGCGUGCGCUUGAGCCAGCAGCGUGCCUUCUCUGAUAAACUUGCACUGCUUCGCACGGGCCGCGCCCUUCUCAAGCGGCACCCACUGACAUCGCUCGCAGCCUUCGUCCAUACAGACGGCGUUCUGCGUGUGGGCGGUCGCCUCCAGCACGCCGAGAUGACCUUCGCGGAGCGACAUCCACCUAUCCUUGACGGCGCUUGCCCUCUCACCACGCUUACGAUCGCGUGGGCCCAUCACCGAGCGCUCCACGGGGGCUUUCGCACCACCAGCGUGUACACCGUCAAGCGUGCUUGGAUCAUCAGUGGCUCCCGGAAAGUCAAGGCUUUCCUACGCAGUUGCGUUAUUUGUGCUCGCCUCCAUGCCCGAUCAGCUGUCCAGUUGAUGGCUCCUCUCCCGCGGUCACAAGUUACUCCCUUCCGCGCCGUCGGUCGCACUGGGAUCGACUACGCCGGGCCGUUCCACGUCCUCGCAGCUAAAGGCCGAGGCGUUCGCACCACGAAUGGUUACAUCGCCAUAUUUGUCGAUCUCACCACGAAAGCACUACAUCUGGAGCUCGUUGGCGAUCUAUCAACCAUCUCCUUUCUUGCGGCUCUCACCCGCUUCUCUGGUCGCCGGGGAAAACCGUCUGAACUCUAG